AGGGCCCCACUGCGCCCACCGCCCGCGCACGCCCGCGCGCGGCGGCCGCGCGCGGUGGGCGAGGGGCACGGCCGCGACAUGGGCAAGGCCCUCUCGCGGGACCCGGCGAGGGCGGCGGGCUGGCCGGAGGCGGCCUGCGCCCCAGCCGCGUGCGCGGUGGCCCCGCUGCAGCCCGUCGUGCCGGGCGCCUGCGCCGUCGGCGGUGGCUCGAGCGGCAGCCAGGACCUCUUCGUCCGCCGGUGGCAGCGCCGCCCGGGCGCGGAGCUCCCCGCCCCGCAGUGCGGCGACCUCGCGCUCCGCGAGGCGGACGAGGGCGUACCCGCGGAGGUCGAGAUCAACGCCGAAAUCGAGGCGGAGAUCGCCAAGCGACGGCCGCAGACGGCGGAGGAGGCGCGGCAGUGCGCCGGGACGCCGGCGGGCGGCCACGUGCUCCUCGAGGCUGCGGCUGCGACCCCCGGCGCCUUGGGCACGACGUCCGCCGUGUCGCUGUCCACGGGCAGCUGCGAGUUGGUGGAGGAUCCAGCUCUCGACAAGCAGGCCUUGGAGAUCGAGGCGGAG